AUCCGCCUUACUUGUUAAGUGUGACCUAACGGCAUCUGAAGAGCAGAGUUAGAAUCAUCAUUACAACACAACACUGCUUACAACUAGGAGCCAUGGGAGAGUCGGUGGAGAAAAGCUCAGACGACUUUAUUAUUUCAUUGAACAGCGAGUGCCCCAAAGAACUGGGCCAGCUCGUUGAGAACUCCAGUGGCGAAAACAGAAAAUUUGAUGACCCCGGAUUUACUUUGGCUCUACAGAGUGGGCUAGAAAACCUAAGGCUUGAAAACUCCCUGACAGAUGUUGCCCUGUGCGUUGGUGACAAGGUGUUCCCAUGUCACAGGGUGGUUCUGGCGGCGGCAAGCAAUUAUUUCAGGGCCAUGUUCUGUAAUGACCUAAAAGAAAAAUAUGAAGAGAAAAUUAUAAUUCAAGGAGUUGAUCCAGAGACCAUGCAGAUUAUCUUGGAUUACACAUACACAAGCAAAGUGGUGAUUACAAAAUUUAACGUGCAGAAAAUCUUAGAAGCUGCCAGCCUUUUCCAGUUUCUGCGUAUGGUGGACGCCUGUUCCAGUUUCCUUACUGAAGCCCUCCAUCCUAAAAACUGUGUUGGAAUUUUGAGACUUGCAGACACUCACUCACUGGAAUCUCUAAAGGUGCAGGUUCAGAACUACAUUAUUCAAAAUUUCUCCCAAGUAUUGAACCAAGAGGAUUUUUUGGAACUUCCUUUUGAAAUACUUUCUCAUAUGCUGAAGAGUGAUGAUCUAUUUGUUACAGAAGAAUCCCAAGUGUUUGAAACUGUUAUAAACUGGGUAGAAUAUAAGAAGUCAGAGAGACUUGAACUGUUGCCAAGAAUAUUGGAAUGUGUCCGUCUACCCUUGCUGGAUCCUUGGUAUCUUGUUGGUAAUGUUGAAGCCAAUGAACUCAUUAGACAGUGCCCUGAUGUAUUUCCUUUAAUGCAGGAAGCACGGAUUUAUUACAUAGCUGGCAAUGAGGUCAUUAACGAAAGGACAAAACCGCGCAUCCACGAGUUCCAAUCAGAAGUUUUCAUGAUCAUCGGGGGAUGCACAAAAGAUGAGAAAUUUGUCACCGAGGUGACCUGUCUCGAUCCUCUGAGAAGAAGUCGCCUUGAAGUUGCUAAGUUACCGGUUUCUGACCAUGAAAAUGAAAGUGAGAAUAAAAAAUGGGUUGAAUUUGCAUGCAUCACCUUUAAAAAUGAGGUAUAUAUAUCAGGAGGUAAAGAUACCCAGCAGGAAGUCUGGAAAUAUAAUUCUUCCAUUAACAAAUGGAUACAAAUAGAAUAUUUAAAUGUGGGCAGAUGGAGGCAUAAGAUGUCUGCACUUUGUGGAAAAGUAUAUGCCAUCGGAGGAUUUGAUGGCAGUCAGAGAAUUUACAGCGUUGAAGUUUAUGACCCAUUUCAUAAUGGAUGGACAGAGGUAGCUCCAUUGCUCAUCAGUGUAAGUUCAUUUGCAGCCGCAUGCUACAAGAAGAAGCUAUAUGUUAUUGGUGGUGGGCCAAAUGGCAAGCUGGCUACAGAUAAAACUCAGUGCUAUGAUCCAGAGACCAAUAAAUGGUGCUUGAAAUCACCAAUGCCUGUAGAAGCCAAAUGCAUCAACGCUGUGAGCUUUCAUGAUCAUAUCUAUGUUGUUGGUGGAGCCAUGAAAGCGUUGUACUCGUAUAGCCCUCUUGAUGAUACCUGGUGCUUAGUAACAAAGUUUACCCAUGAAAGGGCAAGCUGUGGGAUAGCUGCAUGCUGCAAUAAAAUAUUCAUUACCGGGGGUCGAGAUGAAAAGAACGAGGUCAUCGCAACUGUGUUGUGCUGGAAUGCAGAGACUGAAAAACUGACUGAAGAGUGCGUUCUUCCGAGAGGUGUCUCACACCAUAGCAGUGUAACAAUAAGAAAGUCUUACACUCAUAUUCGUAGGGUAAUUCCAGGAGCUGUUUCUGUCUGACCUGAAUGGUCCCUGAUAGGGAGUAUUUCAGUUGCAGACCCAUUCGACCAACCACACAAAAAAAUGAUGCACAACACCUCCUCGGCCUUUAGGUAAUUCUCCCCACUGAACUCUUACAAAAUAUUUAUAGAACAAUAGGGCUGCUGACUGCUGUGGGAGGUCACAAGGAAGGUUGUGACUGUAAGCUGAGCCAGACCACAUCAGUAAAGGUCUGCAGUAAGGGCCAUACACAGCCUGAUCCACACAGUAUCCAAUUUUGGCUUUCAUGCUAAUUUAAACCCUUUUCUGUUGUGUGAGUUGCAAAAUGAGAGAUGUAUCUGAUCCUAUUUCUUCCUUUUCUUCAAGAAUGCCCAAAGUAUGUGAACAACUGCCUGUCUAACAUCUCAUUCCAAAACCCAAAGUAUUAAAAUGAAGUUGGUCCUCUUUAUGCUGCUAAAACAACCUUUACCCUCUAGUCUUCUGGAAAGGCUUUCUACUAAGUGGUUGGACAUUGUGGGAUUUGCUUUUAUGCUUUUAUUCAUAUAUAUAUAUAUAUACGAGUUUGGGUAAUCAGGUCUGACUCACAUCAGCAAUCCAGCUCAUCCAAUGGAUGUUCAUUUGGGUUGAUGUCAGGGUUCUGUGCAGUCUAGUCAAGUAUUUUCUCUGCUAAACAAUUUUGUAUGGACCUAAUUUUGUGCAGCUAUACCUGUCCUGUGGAUUAACAGAAACCAUUGAUGCUGGAAGAACAGGCCUGGCAUGGAAUUGCAUUUCAGUUCAUAUUUUGCAUGAAAAAAGCCCACUGACUGCGAAUGUUGCUGUGGUUUUGCAAGUUUUUUCAGCAGAUUUGCUCAUCGCUAAUUCUUAUGCAUUUGUUAUUUAAUAUUAUCUUUGUAAUUUAAAAAGUCUGCUUAUCCAUUUUUUUGUCUAGCAGCAAACUGAUGACUGUGUUUUUAAUUACUGUACAUUUUCUUAAAUCAAUGGAUUUAUGUUUUGUACAAUAAAGUGUGUGAUUUCUGAUUUCUUUUAUAA